UUCAUUAUUUUCCGUCGCGGUCGGUCAGUGAGAUGCUGCGCUGCAUAAUGUCUGCGGAGUAGUUGGUUGUAGACAGCGCGGAUCAGUGGACGGGGCGGAUUGGAGUGCCAAGUUACACACACUAUAGCCAGAGGGAGGUUCAGGAAGUCGGAUUCCGCUGCAGUAAGAGACCAGGUCGUGAGGUCUUCUCAGCGCCGCACCGAGGAUGUGUCAGAGCAGCCGGCUGGGGAGAUUGUCAGCUAGCGCCGACCACAUCAGCGGGCUAUCUUACUGACUAGCUGUGAUAUUUGCCUUGGGGAAAACAAAAUCUUUGGAAAUGGCCUUACUACCUUGAAGCCAGAGCAUCUGCAUUCCUCUCGCAACAGCUCGGCAGCAUUCGGUGUGGUUAAGUUGAAGAGCAACAAUUCAAGUUUCCCAUUUCACUAGCUUGAGAUCUGAGGGUCCCUCAAUGAUGUAUGUUUUCAGGGAAGCCUAAAUAAGGUCAACUGAUCAAUGGAUAAAGUGGGAAAAAUGUGGAACACUUUCAAAUACCGUUGCCAGAAUCUUUUCAGUCAUGAUGAUGAUGGAAGCCAAAAUGAUUUUGUCGAUGUUAAUGCAAACAGAUGUGUAAGUGGGAGUGAUAAAAAUGAAAGUGCCUCUGGUCAUAUUCCCAUGCAGUCUAUCAGGCCUUUGCAAGAAAACAUUUCUUCUGACACAGUCUCAUGUGCCAGCACUAGUACGAUUAGGGGAAAUCAAAAUUGUGUUACUGAAAUGCCGCAGCUUGUUGAGAUAAGCAUUGAAAAAGAUAGUGAUUUAGGGUUGAAUGCAGGAAAUAAUUUUGCUCGAAGAGACUCUUACUCUCGUCAUGCUCCAUGGGGUGGAAAGAAAAAGCAUUCUUACUCCACCAAAACACAAAACUCGUUUGAGACUGAUAAGAAAAUCAUACGGACUAGAAGUAGCCUACAAAGGAGAGAGAGAAGACAUGGGGUGAGUUCUGUUCAUGACAUGGAAUCGGUGUCUAACAAGGCUAUAGGCAGCCGCAGCUUACGACAGAGAUUGAAUGAGACUGUGGGCCUUUGCUUUCCUAUUCGAACUUACAACAGGCAGUCAAAGCCCCUGUUUACUAAUAAGAGAAAGAUUCAACUCACUGAGCUAAUGCUUGAAAAAUGCCCUUUUCCUGCUGGAUCAGAUCUAGCUCAAAAAUGGCAUAUGAUUAAACAGCAUACAGCACCUUUUAGCCCACAUUCAAGUAUCUUAGACACAUUUGAUCAGUCUUUGCUUUCCACAGAAGAUGAAGAGGAUAGAUUACGUGAAAGACGUAGACUUAGCAUUGAAGAAGGUGUAGAUCCUCCUCCAAAUGCCCAAAUCCACACAUUUGAAGCCACAGCACAAAUUAAUCCUGUAUAUAAGCUUGGACCAAAAUUGGCACCUGGCAUGGCAGAGAUGUCUGGGGACAGCAGCGGAGUUUCACAAGCUGGAUGUGUGUCUGAGGAGGAUAACACAACCCUCUGUUUGCAGACGAGAAAACAGAAGCAACGUCAAAUGUCUGGAGACAGCCAUACCCAAACUAAUAGACAGGGAGGUUGGAAAGUUCAUACUCAGAUUGAUUAUAUCCACUGCCUUGUUCCAGAUUUGAUUGAGAUAACAAGCAACCCAUGUUAUUGGGGUGUCAUGGAUCGGUAUGAAGCAGAAGCACUUUUGGAAGGUAAACCGGAAGGCACAUUUUUGCUCAGGGACUCUGCACAAGAGGACUAUCUAUUUUCUGUGAGCUUCCGACGUUACAAUCGAUCACUACAUGCUCGCAUUGAGCAGUGGAACCAUAAUUUCAGUUUUGAUGCUCAUGAUCCCUGUGUGUUUCACUCCUCCACUGUAACUGGGCUUUUAGAACAUUAUAAAGAUCCCAGCUCCUGCAUGUUUUUUGAACCGUUGCUUACUGUACCCUUAAAUAGAACUUUUCCUUUCAGUCUGCAGUACAUCUGCCGGGCAGUAAUCUGCAGGUCAACCACAUAUGAUGGGAUUGAUGUUCUUCCUCUGCCAUCCAUGCUACAAGACUUCCUAAAGGAAUAUCAUUAUAAGCAAAAAGUUAGAGUGAGGUGGUUGGAAAGGGAGCCUAUUAAGUCAAAAUAAAAUCUCCUUUUUAUUUCUUCCCUCUACCUUCCAUAAAAGACUUAGGGAUAUGCUCUCUGUACACUGCACAAUUAAUAGCUAUAUUAAAAUGUACUGAUACUCGCGUUUCCUUGAAGCUGUAGUCAAGUAAUUUAUCCUGAGUAGUUUCUCUUACCGACAUAUACACACACAUGCAGUAGUUAAUUGCUUGUUAAAGAAAUGUUUAGGUAGAACUUGACAUGUUUCACCAUAGUGUAGAGUAGCCAAGAUUUCCUACAGGAAACACUUUGUAUACUUUACAUGCCUCUGACCCAGACGCUUAUUCUGUGUUUUUUUUGUUUUUUUUUAAAGAAAAAAAAAUAUUUUUAUGUAUGAAAUCAGCAAUAGUUUGUGUAAAUAUUUAAAAAAAUCAGGUUACUGGUGCUUAUAUUCAGUUAAGUGAUUAACUGAGUUUGAAGAUUACAAAUGCUGAUGUAAUUGUUUCACGCCCAAUUCUUUUUUUUUUUUUUUUUUUUCCCCCGUGAGCAUGAUCUCAAACACUAAACAAUAAAAUGUACACGAACAUUGAGUAGUCUCUCGCUCUCACACACACACUUUUUUUUAUCUGCAUUUUUGUUCAGCAGUAUAAUUAAAGGGACAGUCUACACCUUAGUCAUCUUAAAGUCUUACCUUAGAUUAAGCUGCAAAUAUCCUCCUGCACCUUUUCUAUAUCCUGCAGUAGGAACGGAUAACAUUUUUAAAAAUUAAUAGUGUUUCUGGCCACUUUGAAAUGGCUGCCAAGCUCCACGUCACUAUCUGAGCUACAUAUGGCAUCCAAUCACAAGAGACUCACUAGUUGGAUUUGACAGAACAGACUGUCCAUGCUAUUCAGCAGUGCCUAGAUGCAGCCCAAAUUGUGAUGUCAUCAGUGGACAGAGCUUGGCAGCCAUUUCAAAGUGGCCAGAAACCAUAUUCAUUUUAAAAUAACUUUUUUACUGUUCCUGCUGCAUGAUAUAGAAAGGGGUGCAGGAGGCUAUUUGCAGCUUAAUCUAAGUUAAGACUUUAAGAUGACUAAGGUGUAGACUGUCCCUUUAAAAUAAAUGUUUCCGCCUGAGAGGGAAAAUACAUCUUACUUGCACAAAUGCGGAAACCCAAAACAUGUUGUUGCACAUUUAAAAGUUUAUAUUUUUAGCAUUACUGAUUAGAUUUCCCCAUGAUAAGCUAAUGGCAUAGAAUACAUUGCAGUUAUAGCUUAAAGGGACAUUAAACCACAAAAAAUUAUUUCAUGGUUGAGAUAGAGGAUACCGUUUUAAACAACAUUCCAAUUUACUUCUAUUCUCUAAUUUGCAUCAAUCUUUAGAAAUCCUUUGUUGAAGAAAUAACAAUGCACAUGGGUGAUCCAAUCACACAAGGCAUAUAUGUGCAGCCACCAAUCAGCAGCUACUGAGCCUAUCUAGAUAUGCUUUUCUGCAAAGGAUAUCAAGAGAAUUAAGCAAAUUAGAUAAUAGAAGUAUAUUAGAAAGUUAUAUUAGAAAAUUGCAUGCUCUUUCUAAAUCAUGAAAGAAAAAAAUAUGGGUAUCAUGUCCCUUUUAAUGCUCUACUUGAUGACUUUAAACAGAUUUUAGUAAUAAAGGAAACCUGGAGGAUUUGCACAAAGGUGGUAAUAAAGCAAAAUCGUUUUAUUGAUAAGGGGAGAGCUCUGCAAGGCAAUUGUGGCAGUGGUGGAAGCCUUAGGUUUCUCUGUUUAAUGUCAGUUUUGUCUGCUUAUUUUUUCAUACAAAAAGUUGUAAUCCUGGAAAGUUGGCAUCUCACAAAUACUCAAAACCCAUAAGUGUAAAUGUAUUCCAUAUUGUUCAGAUUUAACUCACGUUCAUUAGCAGCCUUUAAGGAACAGUCUACUCUAAAUUUGUUAUUGUUUAAUAUAGAUAAUCCCUUUAUUACCCAUUCCCCAGGUUUGCAUAACCAACACUGUUAUAUUAAUAUACUUUUUACCUUUGUGACUACUUUGUAUCUAAGCCUCUGCAGAAAGCCCCUUUAUCACAUGGCUAUUUACUAUAUAUUGACUUGCAUUUUAGCCAAUUAGUGCUGUCAAGCACAACUCCACGGGAGAGAGCAAAUUAUCUAUAUGGAUUACAUCAAUUGGCAGAAAUUUAGAGGUUCAAAUUAUUAUAAAGUAUAUUAAUGUUGGUUGUGCAAAGCUGGGAAAAGGGUAGUAAAGGCGUUAUUUAUCUUUUUAAGCAACAAUAAUUUUGGUGGAGACUGUCCCUUUUUAAAGUGACACAAAAGUUGUUAUACAUAGCCAUAGUUUGUGCUUAUAUUGUCUGUGUAAUUUUUAAGUAGUUCCCUUUUUACUUGCAACCCUUAAUGCCUGAAUUUGACUGGCUAUUAGAACAAAUUGCAAUUUUAUUUUCUCUCCCUAAGGAAGAAAAAAAUAACACACCGAUAGGUGUUUAAAGUACUGUAUAUUCAUAAUUGUAUAUAUAUUUCUUACAACUGCAUUGGCACUUUACUAUGUAUCCCAUUUAGGCUAAUGGGAUUAAUCAUUUAUUCUGCUACUGUCUGGAUUGCAAAAAAAAAAAAAAGACUGUAGCAAUGGACCUUACUGAAAAUAUUCAAUUGUUGGAACAUUCUAAAAUGUUCACUUUAUGCUUGUUGUUUUACAUGUUAAUUUGAUUAAGAGAGCAUGGGUGUUCCCUUUUCGCUUAAAACUCUAUAGUAUCUGCAUACCUAUUUAAAAGCUCUAUUAACCCUGUAACUGCAAGAUAAAACAUUAAACAUGGUGUAUAUGCAACAGCUUA